UGAUAAGUUUACUGAUGGCGAGGCAGCAGCAGUGGAGGCGAGCGGGGAAAGCGGGCGCGGCGGGCAGUCAGCUGUGAGGCGGUGGUGCGGUAAGACGGGAGCAGGUGAGGGCGUGCGGCGCAUACAUUCAUCCACCCCGUAACAGCACAUUAUUGACUGCGUGGCAAACAGACCAUGACAAGGGACACCUGAGGGACAAGAGGACUUACUAUCUACGUAUCUUGCACCUGAAGUAGUAGCACCCACGAUGACAGAAAACGGGGGGCUUGCGACGCCUCCCCGGGCCACCAAAGAAAAUGGGGAAGAGGUUGCCAGCGAUGCGGAGGACUAUAAGGAACUGUACCUGCAGGAGAUGGAGAAGAGGAAGACGGUGAUGAAGCUGGCGCAGAAAGCCACGCGGGACUACGAUGACCUGAAGCGGCGGUACUCGGAGGUGACCCAGACCGCCGAGCUGCUGAAGGUGCGCCUGGAGGAGCGAGAACAUGACCUCCACAACCUGCAAACCGACUCUGACCCCAAUGAGGUUUCUACAGUGUCCGAGGCGGUCUAUCACGAGUACGACGACCUGCGGCAGCGCUACAAGGUGGAGACGGAGUCCAUGGCCCAGGCCUUCAACCGAGCCACAGAGUGGUACCGCGAGAACAAGUCACUCCGCCGCGAGACGAACAACCUGAAGCGGCAGAGCGCCAUCCUCAUGCAGCGGGUGGCGGACACCUCGCCAGACCUGGAUAUCACCACGCUGGGCAGCAUGGGGGACACGGUGGACAAGAAGGAGCUCCAAGACUUGCAGCAGCAGCAUGAAAAGGAAGUUGACAGCCUCAUGGAGAAAAUAAAAGAUUUGGAAAAGGAGGUGGCUAACCUCAACCAGGAGAUCAGUAAAGCAAAACAGGAAGAGUUUGAAGCCCAAGAAGAACUCUUGGACACAAGACGGGAGCUCGAUGAGGCCAACCAACAAAUAGAACAACUCAAGAAAAGGACUUCAGAGCUUGAAGCAGUGGAGCAACGAAUGGGUCGGGUGUCGGUGUUGGUCCUUGAUGAGGUGGAGGCCCUUCAAGCCCAGCUGCGGACUGAAGCUGCCCGAGCAAACACAGCUGCUUCAGAAGCUGCCAAGGCUCGAGGAGAGAGAGCAGCCCUUGCUCGCCAAAGUGCUGUGGCAAUGUCAGAGGUGAUGGGUGAUGAGAAGUUUGCGAUGGCCCUGCAGGAGGUUCAUUCACUGACACAGCAGCUUCACACACAAGAGGAGGAACAUAAACAAAAAAUACAAAAACUAAAGGCUGAAUUACUAUCCUAUGAGACUGGUGAAAAAGCUGCUGAAGUUGAGCUGCUUAGGGAACGUGUGCAACUUCUGGAGGAGGAAGUGAGGGAGCAAGAAGGCAAAACCACUGAUGCACAGUCUGAGGUGAAGAAACUCAGAAAAGAAGUUGAGGACCAACAAGAGCUCCUUUCGUCUCUCCAAGGCUCUUCAGGGACUCCAGAUUCUCCACCAGUCACCAGGUCAUGCAUGACUGGCUUUCCACCUCCACCUGAGUCUAUGCCUCCAACACCCCAAAAUGGCCCAAUUCCACCUCCACCUCCACCUCCACUCCCACCUGGAAAGAGUGCUCCACCACCACCACCACCACCACCUCCCCCUCCCCCACCCCCACCCCCUCCUCCUCCCCCACCUCCCCUUCCUGCAGCAGCCAACAAUCCUGUCACCACACUAGCCACCUUACUUGGUGCUUCUAAGAACAAAAGAGUUAAGGAAGAACCCACAGAUACAUCAGGGAAGGGUGGUAUGGAUGAUCUCAUCAAUCAAAUUAAGAAAGGUGGAGUCAAGUUAAAAUCUACAAAAUCGCACAGUAUUGGAGGCAUCAGCCGAAAACCAGAUGUUGAAGAGAAGGAGAAGCCUGCUGAUGCUGUCCAAGAGAUGAAGAGCAUCCUGGCAACCAUGAAGCGUGGCCGCCAUGGAAGGCUCAAGCCAUCUGAAAUCUCUCAAGGAUCAAAAUUUCGAACAAAAACUAAGAAAGAAAAGAGUGAAUUUGCUCCAGAAAAAGAAAACAAAACAGAGUUCCUUGGCAUGAAGGAUGAAAACCCCAAUAAUUCAAUUACUAAUGAGAAUUCAACACCAUCUACUUUUCCUAUCAACCCUACAGAAGACUCUACUGUCUUGAAUAAUCAAACUGAGAUGAACCUCAAAAAGACAGCGGAAGCAGAUACAGUCAGUAAUAAUCUCUACAGAAGAGGUUCAUCAGUAGAAGAGAGCUUCCCCAGCAAAGAGCCCUCCCUCUCUCAGGAGGCAUCAAACACACCAAAGUUCACUUGCCUCAGUGUAGGAGAGAAUGACCGCUCUAGCAGGGAAGUUAGUCCCCCUGUCUUAAGGCAAAGAUCUGAGGACAAGGACAAUAGCAGCCGCCUCUCCCAAGGAAGGGUUGUCACUACUACCACCAUAUUCUUGAGAAACAGCCAGAGUCCAUCCAAGGACUGAAAAUUUACUGCAAAAUUUCUUGGCUUAAUCUAAUAGCAGAGAAACUGCUCAUAUUAACAUAAUAAACUUUAAUAGUUUUCAGAUUGUGAGACAAAAUAAUUUAAACUUAACAGACUAUUGUGAGGACAUUUCACAAUGCAGAAUUGUAAAAUUCUUAUGAAACAUACUAAUAAAGGUGAAUUUAUGGUUACAUUGUUCUCUGUAAUUAGUUCUUGUAGUAGUAUAAAUAUAUGUACAUGUUGAUUAUAUACUGAUUUGAGUACAUGCUAUAUACUUUUGAAUGGAAAAUCACAAUAUGAAUGUUAUUGCUUUAAACUUUUUAGCUUCUCAUAGAUAAGGCUCAUAAGCAUUAUCAUUAUGAGGUACAUGCUGUUUUGGUCACAAUUUACGAAUGACAAAAAUUGCUCAAAGACUUGAAGAUAUCUAUUCAUAGGAUUAUAGCAACUUUUAAACUGCUGUAACAACACUCAUCUAUCAACUGGAGAAAUUAGUGUGUAAGAUAGAGUACAGGGACAAUGUAUGUAUAUAGUUACAAAAUGUAUAAAUUAUAAACAACAUAUCUUUAUAUUAUAAAUUCAAUAGUGUUUUACCUAAAUCAUGCAUAGGUAUUUUAUUACAAAAAUAUAUUUAUAAGUCAAUAAAAUAUAUUUUACUUGUUAACAAAAUUCAAAGUUUUACAAUAGCAAUUGCAAAUAGUCUUAUUCAUCAGGGAAUGUAUGACUUUUUGUAGCAGUCACAAACUGGGUGAGGAGUUGUCUGAGGCCUAAUUUUAAAACUGUUAGUGAGGUUAAGAGUUCAUUUUUGGCUGUGCCUCCAGUAUUUGUAGCCUUCUGUGAAGGUAUCUACAUAAAGUGAACCUUGCCUAACUUGUUUUUUGAUGACCCAAAUAUUAAGCUUCACCAAGUGGGUAUUCAUCCAGAUGCUUAAAAACAGACAACCAAUCUGACCAACAUAUGGAGUGAGAGGAGGAUGAACAAAAAAAUUAACUAUCAAUGGAGGAAAGAUCAACUACUAAAACAGGCAAGACUACAUAUACAGAUAGUCAUAAAUAUCCCCUUAAUGCGAGUCACAUACGAAGAGAAGGGGAAUGGAGGAUGAACCCUUUCUCACCUCCAUUCAUCUUACCCCGUGUAAUUCACUG